UUUUUAUAUAGAGUUUAUAAAUUUGAUCACAGUCAAGUGGAGUAAACAAAAGAAUUCUCUAGGAAAAAAAGAGAGAUUCUGUUGAUACCUACAACAAUACACACACCACCCUUCAUGCAUACCAUAGAAUAGCUAUAUAUAAAAAAAACUACAUAGUCAUACACAACUAACAAGGAGACGACUUCCUAAAAUGGCUCACCUCAAACUUGAAAAGCAUGAAUAGAAAGGUCAAGAAAAGCAAUACAUCUUGAUGAGCUUUGGUUGGGAAUGAAUGGAGUUCUUCGACAAAGCUGUUCCAGGAAGAAACUUUCUCAUAGUUUUCAAACACUAUCACAGCCUAAACCUUUUACUUCACACAAAUGGAAACACACACCACAAAACAAGAGGCGGCUAGACAAAGCACUGAGAGUUCUCGACCUUAUCACACCCAAACCCAGUACUGUCACCUCAACUCGACAAACCCACCUUCGUCUCGUUCAAAACAUAUUACCCACUGAGGAUUUUGCUGCUACAAAUGCAAAGUUCGGAAUCACAGACGUGUUUGAUGAAAUGCUUGAAUCGUAUUCUAGGAAGAGUGUUGUUGACGCGAGUGUUUUGUCACAUGCUGUGAGUUCGUGCGGGUCUAUGCGUAAUCUGCGUGGCGGUAUUCAGUAUCAUUGCUCUGCAAUAAGAACUGGGUUUGUUGAGAAUGUUUACGUGGGGAGCUCUUUGAUCAGUCUGUAUAGCAAAUGUGCGGAGUUAGAAAAUGCUUAUAGGAUGUUUGAAGAAAUGCCUGUGAGAAAUGUGGUGUCGUGGACAGCUAUGAUUGCUGCAUUUGCACAAGAGUGGCAGGUUGAUGUGUGUUUGGACCUUUUCCAUCAGAUGAGGAAUUCGACGUGGAAACCGAAUGAAUUUACUUUCACUAGUCUUCUGAGUGCUUGUACUGGUAGUGGAGCUCUUGGGCAUGGGAGAAGUGCUCAUUGCCAAACAAUUCAAAUGGGUUUCAAUUCAUACAUCCACACUGCUAAUGCUCUCGUCUCAAUGUAUUGCAAAUGUGGGGCUGUUGAAGAUGCGCUUUAUAUUUUUGAAAAGAUUGAUGGUAAAGAUAUUGUAUCGUGGAACUCAAUGAUUGCGGGGUAUGCCCAGCAUGGGCUUGCACUGCAGGCAAUUGAUCUUUAUGAAGAAAUGAAGAAGCAAAGCAUUGAACCUGAUGCCAUUACUUUCCUUGGUGUCCUCUCUUCAUGUCGUCAUGCAGGUCUUGUUAAAGAAGGAUGGUUCUACUUCAAUUCAAUGGUUGAACUGGGUGUGCAGCCGGAUCUAGAUCACUAUUCGUGUGUCAUUGAUCUUCUUGGCCGGGCUGGGCUAUUGGAUGAAGCUAAAGAUUUUAUUGAAAAAAUGCCUAUCUAUCCUAAUGCUGUUAUAUGGGGCUCCCUGCUAUCUUCCUCUAGGCUUCACGGGAGUGUUUGGUUUGGCAUCCGGGCCGCAGAGAACAGGCUGUUACUGGAACCAAGUUGCUCUGCUACCCUUGUGCAAUUGGCAAAUUUGUAUGCCAGCGUGGGGUACUGGGAUCAGGCAGCUGGAGUGCGGAAAUUGAUGAAAGAUAGAGGGCUAAAAACAAAACCAGGGUAUAGUUGGGUUGAAAUAAAAGAUAGCGUGUGCCAAUUUAGGGCAGAAGACAGGUCAAAUCCUAGAAUGGCUGAAAUUGUUUUUGUGUUGGACAUUUUGGUAGACCAUAUGAAAACUUUAGGUUAUGAGGCUGAAAUGCAUGAGGAAGUUGACAAUGCUUUAUUUUUGAUAGGAUAAGUUAAGAAAUGGCACCAUGAUGUGGUUGUCUACACCAGUCAAAGUCCAGCUUCAUAGGUAUUUAGUACCUGCCUUUAAGCAGUGUGAUGUUGCAUUCAUUGAAUGGACUUUCAACAACAGAGUGCAAAUGACACGAAACACUGGAGUUCAGACCUGUCUGGUGCACUCCAUUGAGAUGGAACCACUUGCACGAUGAAUUUAUGUUCCAGAGAUGUGUUCUAAUUUGUUUAUUUCCUCUAGAGAUAGAGUUUUGACAGUCCUCAAUCUCACGGGAACCAUUUUGGAGAAAGUUGAUCAUCAUACUAGCAAGGGUCUGGAAGCAAGAUUACUGAGGUGCCUGCCUUAUACUGCCUGAUGAGUGAUGAUGUAAUGCCUAGAGACACAGUACAUUGCUGCCGUAGAAUCAGUGGAGUACUAGACAAAAGAGAGGUCCCUUGGAUUUGUUAAUAGUUGCAGCAAGGAAAGCCCAAGAUCUGCGGGCACAACUGAAUCUUAGGGCAUUCUUAUGGUGAUUGCAUGGGAAUAGAAUUUAGUAUAAGAAGCUGAAUUGGAAUGAGAACUGCUAUUCAUCUAUGUGGUGAUAACAAUGGGAUAGAAUCCCAAAAUAGUAUUCCACUCUACAUAAUAAGAUGGUGGAAUGAAGUCAUAUUUAAGUCAAAUUUUACAAAAUAGCUUUAUUUAUAUAUAGAGUGAAGGGAAG